UAGUGAGGGCGUGACUUGAAUCGCGUGAUUCUAUUCACGGAAAUAACAGCUUGUUGGUUUCAUAGUGGAGCUGCGUGUUUAUUUGGUGUUAAAAACUUAUAAAAGCUGCAGUAGAUACCUGGGUGACAGAGGCGACCGGUUCUGUUCGUCUCCAUUUAUUGUUUUGUCACUUGUUAACUUUUAGGCUCAAACACAAGAUUAGAAACAUGGAUGUGCGGACUGGUCUAAUAGUUUUGCUCUGCUUGAUGGGAGUCAGCUGGGCGCAGCCGGUGAAAUACCUGGACUGUGGCUCCGUUUCAGGCAAGGUAACCGGCGUGGACAUCAACCCUUGUCCCUCGCAACCCUGUCAGCUUCACAAGGGAGACUCCUACAGCGUCAAUGUCACAUUCAUUAGCAAUGUGGAUAGCGACACGAGCACGGCUGUGGUUCAUGGUAUUGUCGCAGGUGUCCCGCUCCCUUUCCCCAUCCCUGUGCCAGAUGGAUGCAGAUCUGGAAUCCAGUGUCCUAUCACGAAGGGCCAGACCUAUAACUACCAGGCUUCAUUACCAGUAAAGAGCGAGUAUCCUUCUAUCAAAUGUGUUGUGGAGUGGGAGCUGAGAGAUAAAGACAACAGAGACCUGUUCUGCAUCAAAUUCCCAGUUCAGAUUGUGAGCUAAGCCAUCAUAACAGAAGAACCUCAGAUGAGCUGCUUUUAAGAAGGGAUUCAGCUUUGAGUAAAAAAAAAAAGAAAAAUCUAAUAUCUCUGGUUCUUGAGAUUUCUUUUUUCCUCAUUCACAGCACAUGUUCAAUUCUGGAACAAUACCACACAUUUUGAUAACUAACUGCCUUAUGUUCAGCUUAAGUAUUAAAAGUUUGUAAAUAAGGCUAAAUAUGAACAACAUUCCACUACUUUGCAAAUGUUUACUGGCUGCUGUGUAGUCUCUGUCUUUGCUAAUAAGUUGUAAUAUUUCACAAUGAUCUACUAGCAGAUCUGUUGAAUUGAAACUAUGCAACCAAAAUGCUAAUAAAGAACUGUAAGAACAUUUA